CCCCGCUGAGUAACAGCAGUGGAGUAAUGAUGGCGUCCUCAGCGGCUCGGUGCUCCACACGCUGGAUAACAGUUGCUGUGUUCUCCGGUCACCGUCGUGCUUGCUGUGCUCUGGCCCCUUCUUCUAAUGGAGGUGCCAGAAGUCUGUCGACUUUAGGAACACAGAAGAUGUGGCCGGGAGGCAAUGCAAUGCGCGGGGGCACGGGGAAUGCGUUGACAUUGAGAGGGCUGUCAGGUAGGGGGUGCACUUAGACGGCCUAGCUAGCAAGCUAGGCUAGCUUGAUGCUAGCGUUUCUCGUAGUUUCCAUGCACCUUUUUGGACACAACUGACAGUCUGCAAUCAGUUUUUUUGACACCACGGUAACAUUCCUAACGAUGCAACUGAAAGACAGACUAACGUUAGCUCAUGGAUGAUGAUGACAUACCAUGGAAGAGGGAUGUAAUCCCAUAGCUAGCUAGCAGUUAGCUUGUACGCAUUCAAAUUGUUGGGGGUGUUUGAUACUGUAGCUAGCCUGCAGCUGCAUAGCCAUUGCAUGGAAAGUCAUGUCAGGUCACAGCACUGAUGAUCUUGAACGGACUGUCAGGAAUGGCUACUGUACUGUACAGUCAAACACAGUGCGUUGAACUAGCUGUAUCUGCAUGGUCCCUGAUUAGGUAGUUACAGAUGCCAACUGGCGUUGGCUAGAAACUUCUUGGCCCAAGAGCUGAUCAUAACAGACAGCAGCUAACUUUAAUGUAUUUAGUUUGAGUCCCCAGAUAUAUCGAUAGAGCCCUGCUUAGUGUUAUAUAUGAAUUGUGUGAGUGUACAGGCCUGUAGGUACCUUGAAAAUAGAUAUAUAAUCCACAAUCAUGUCGCCAGGUGUAAUCUACUCACAUGCCCUUUCUUUGUAGUUCCAGGUGUCAAAUCUCCCCAUGUCAUCUGCACACUGUCCUUCCACACAAGUGCCCCGGCAUCCAACAAACAGGACUUCUACACAGUGCUGGGGGUACCACGCACUGCCACCCAAAAAGAGAUCAAGAAAGCAUAUUACCAGGUGUGUGUGUCACUGUGUGUGUGUGUGUGACCACUUCCUGUGUAGUGUUGACUUACUGUAUUGAUCCUUUGCUUUCACCACUCACCACAGUUGUUGAAGGAGAAUGUUUGUUGUUGUCUCUCUUCAGAUGGCCAAGAAGUAUCAUCCUGACACCAACAAGGAAGACCCUAAGGCCAAGGAGAAAUUUGCUCAGCUGGCUGAAGCUUAUGAGGUUUGGCUCAAGUUCUUCUUCAAAACCGGCUUCCCCUUUAAGAAACUAAAAUGAGAUUAAAGGGAUAGCGGUGAAAGGUAUAGCAAUAUUUCUGUGACUUGUGUAGCUGAUGUGGAAUCACUAGUUAGUUAGUUACUUGCCUAACUGGUUUCUUGGUACUAUUUGAUGUCACUCUUGAAGUGUCUGUUAAUCAAAUAAACAAAACAUCAGAACCACUUGACUUUAUGAUGGAACUACCUGAUCUUACUGGAGGACUGUGCAUCUUAUUUCCUGCUUUGUUCUCCCCCAGGUGCUGAGUGACGAGGUGAAGAGGAAGCAGUAUGACACGUACGGGGUGGCAGGGUUUGAUGCCAACCAGGCGGGUGGUGGUGGACACCAGCAGUACUGGAGCGGACAGACCAGCAGCGUGGACCCAGAGGAACUGUUCCGCAAGAUCUUUGGGGAGUUCUCCGGAAGCCGCGGCUUCGGUGACUUCAACGCCAUAUUUGAUCAGCCCCAGGAGGUACGUUGUUGGGACGCCUUACUGCUUUUAGAAGCAGGGGGUUUGGAGAGGGCGUUACGACUAGCCUAAUCCCAGAUCUGUCUGUGCAUGACAACGACCAUAUGAGUUGGCUAUACAGCACAAACAGAAGUUAUGACUCCUCAUUCAAGUAAAUGUUCAGUGAGGCCAUAUUGAGUGAGCCCAUGCCAGGAAGUAAAAGCAGGAAGUAAUUCUUUUUUUAGGAGUGUAAACCUUUUGUUAAGGACAUCCAAGAUUAAUCUCUUGUCCCUGCUUUCCUCCCAGUUUAUCAUGGAGCUGACGUUCAACCAAGCUGCCAAGGGGGUCAACAAAGAGAUGGCGUUCAACACUGAGGCCAGCUGCCAGCGCUGUGAAGGCAAAGGGAGCGAGCCGGGUACCAAGGUUGUGCACUGCCACUACUGCAACGGCUCUGGCAUGGUAGGUGACAUGAUGUGUGACGUGAUGUGUUCGUGUCUCACGUGCUUGUCUCACGUGCUUGUGUGUUUUGCGCUGUGCAGGAGACGGUGAACACGGGCCCCUUUGUGAUGCGGUCGACAUGCCGUCGCUGUAGUGGGAAAGGCACUGUGAUCUCCACCCCCUGUAACUCCUGUCACGGGACCGGACAAACCAGACAGAAAAAGACAGUUACGGUGCCUGUGCCAGCAGGUGAGACACACGUACACCCACACACUGACUCUCACUCACUCCUAUACCUACCCAGUCUUACCUAGAAUCUUUCAAAACAAUACUUGAUCUAAAAAUAGUAUGCAUUUUCUUACACACACAGAGACCCAGAAGCAGCCUUUUCAUCCUGAAUCUCUCACAUGAACACUUCCUUUUCUCAAUAAGAUCACUGACCAAUUGUAUAAUGAUCUUAUACUGUUUGAAACUUCUAUAAAACUCUAAAAUGCUGCAUGAAGCAGUCCCUACUGUUUAAAACUUCUAUAAAACUAUAAUGCUGGAUGAAUCAGUCUCUGAAACCGGGUGUACACUACACAAUUUUGGCCUUGAUUUAGCUGUCCCAGACACGUUUUUGAGAUCAGAUACAAAAUCCCCAUGUCGUUGACUACUCGGGGUGCGCGGCCAUCACCUACGCACGUUUAAUGUGAGCGGGUCAGAGACUCAAUAUGAGGGCUACCGAUCCUGUCUUUGAGCAGUCCCAGACGUCCUGAUAUUUUCAAACAUGUUUGAUUUUAUCGGCACAAAAUCUGCAAUACUCUUGUAGUGUGUUAGAUGUGCAACGACAUGUUUUGAGAACGGUGAUCAGCAAUAGCCAAUGAGAGCUGGCCAGAGAAGAAGCCCUUGAGAUGAUGACGUUGUUUUGCGUCACCCAGAAUGUGUAGACUCUCCAGCAGGAGCCAUGACCACUACUAGUAUGCGUUUGUACUUGCCUUUAACCAAAGCCAAAGUGUCAAAUCGUUACAGCUCUGAAGUUCACAAGCAAUGUUAUAAAAUUCAAAAUGUUGGCUAGAUAUUUCAACUCUAUGGCAGGUGUGAAUGUCUGACUGAAAAUGUUUGAGGCUGAUUUGUUCUAGCUACGUUGACAAUCUAAUUGCAUAAAUGUUUGGGUGAGACAGCGUGGUGGUAUGAAGUAUCGUGUAGUGUGUGACCCCGUCUGUGCCACAUCGUGUAGUGUGUGACCCCGUCUGUGCCACAUCGUGUAGUGUGUGACCCCGUCUGCACCACUACGUAGGAAAGACGUUUAAUGUGAGAGGCUCAGCGAUGUUAGGAUAUUGAAAGUCGUGUAGUGCACGCCCGGCUUAACUGGCUGUGUUGUCUCUUUGCAGGUGUUGAGGACGGUCAGACGGUCAGGAUGCCUGUGGGGAAGAAGGAGGUGUUCAUCACGUUCCGGGUCCAGAAGAGCCCAGUAUUCAGACGGGAUGGAGCAGACAUCCACUCUGAUGUGAUGAUCUCUGUAGCUCAGGCUGUCCUGGGGGGCACGGCCCGGGCACAGGGCCUCUACGAGACAGUCAACCUCUCGGUGAGAGACACACAGACAUACCAACCUUUCUGUGACACAUACAUACAUACAUACAUACAUACAUACAUACAUACAUACAUACAUACAUACAUACAGUUGAAGUCGGAAGUUUACAUACACUUAGGUUGGAGUCAUUAAAACUCGUUUUCAACCACUCCACAAAUUUCUUGUUAACAAACUAUAGUUUUGGCAAGUCGGUUAGGACAUCUACUUUGUACAUGACACAUAAUUUUUCCAACAAUUGUUUACAGACAGAUUAUUUCACUUAUAAUUCACUGUAUCACAAUUCCAGUGGGUCAGAAGUUUACAUACACUAAGUUGACUGCGCCUUUAAACAGCUUGGAAGAUUCCAGAAAAUGAUGUCAUGGCUUUAAAAGCUUCUGAUAGGCUAAUUGACAUAAUUUGAUUCAAUUGGAGGUGUACCUGUGGAUGUAUUUCAAGGCCUCAAAAGAAUCAAUCGAAAUCAUCCAAGACCUCAGAAAUAAAAUUGUAGACCUCCACAAGUCUGGUUCAUGCUUGGGAGCAAUUUCCAAACGCCUGAAGGUACCACGUUCAUCUGUACAAACAAUAGUACGCAAGUAUAAACACCACGGGACCACGCAACCGUCAUACUGCUCAGGAAGGAGACGCGUUCUGUCUCCUAGAGAUGAACGUACUUUGGUGCGAAAAGUGCAAAUCAAUCCCAGAACAGCAAAGGACCUUGUGAAGAUGCUGGAGGAAACCGGUACAAAAGUAUCUAUAUCCACAGUAAAACGAGUCCUAUAUCGACAUAACCUGAAAGGCCGCUCAGCAAGGAAGAAGCCACCGCUCUAAAACCGCCAUAAAAAAGCCAGAUGGUUUGCAACUGCACAUGGGGACAAAGAUCAUACUUUUUGGAGAAAUGUCCUCUGGUCUGAUAAAACAAAAAUAGAACUGUUUGGCCAUAAUGACUAUCGUUAUGUUUGGAGGAAAAAGUGGGAUGCUUGCAAGCCAAAGAACACCAUCCCAACCGUGAAGCACGGGGGUGGCAGCAUCAUGCUGUGGGGGUGCUUUGCUGCAGGAGGGACUGGUGCACUUCACAAAAUAGAUGGCAUCAUGAGGAAGGAAAAUUAUGUGGAUAUACUGAAGCAACAUCUCAAGACAUCAGUCAGGAAGCUUGGUCGCAAAUGGGUCUUCCAAAUGGACAAUGACCCCAAGCAUACUUCCAAAGUUGUGGCAAAAUGGCUUAAGGACAACAAAGUCAAGGUAUUGGAGUGGCCAUCAUAAAGCCCUGACCUCAAUCCUAUAGAAAAUGUGUGGGCAGAACUGAAAAGGCAUGUGCGAGCAAGGAGGCCUACAAACCUGACUCAGUUACACCCGGUCUGUCUGGAGGAAUGGGCCAAAAUUCACCCAAUUUAUUGUGGGAAGCUUGUGGAAGGCUACCUGAAACGUUUGACCCAAGUUAAACAAUUUAAAGACAAUGCUACCAAAUACUAAUUGAGUGUAUAUAAACUUCUGACCCACUGGGAAUGUGUUGAAAUAAAUAAAAGCUGAAAUAAAUAAUUCUCUCCACUAUUAUUCUGACAUUUCACAUUCUUAAAAUAAAGUGGUGUUCCUAACUGACCUAAAACAAGGAAAUUUUACUAGGAUUAAAUGUCAGGAAUUGUGAACAACUGAGUUUAAAUGUAUUUGGCUAAGGUGGAUGUAAACUUCAGACUUCAACUGUACAGACAUAGGAGUGAUGGAUCGAUGGCCAGUAACUAACUGUGAUUGGUGGAUCCUCUUGUAGAUCCCUGCUGGGAUCCAGACAGACCAGAGAAUCCUCCUCUCUGGGAAGGGCAUCGCACGGAUCAGUGGCUAUGGUUACGGAGAUCACUACGUCCACGUCAAAGUCAGAGUCCCCAAGUAAGCUAUUGACAAUACACCUUUAGAUAACAUCUCUGUAGUAAGUUACUGACAAUACACCUUCAGAUAACAUCUCUGUAGUAAGUUACUGACAAUACACCUUCAGAUAACAUCUCUGUAGUAAGUUACUGACAAAUGUUAGAUGCUCAUCUCCACUCUUGUGUGUGUGUGUGUGUGUGUGUGCAGGACCCUGACAGACAGACAGAAAGCUCUGCUCAUGAGCUACGCAGAGGACGAGACUGAAGUGGAGGGGACUGUCAAUGGUGUCACCAGCACCACUGCAGGUAGUGGCACACACACACUGUUUCUGCGCUAGGUUCCUACACACUGACUGCACACUUACCUGCUUCACUUCAUUUGGUUUACAAUUAGUUGAGGUCCCAGCUCUGCUGAUCAAGGCUGAUAAUGUGAAAUUAGUGAAAUCUUGGCUCACGCAGUACAUGUUUCUGACCAGGUGGGGGCAGCAGUGGUAAGGAGUCUGGGGCAGGUCAGGACAGGCAAGAGGAGGGAGGAGAGAGCAAGGAGGAGCAGGGCUUCUUCACCAAGUUAAAAAAAUGGUUUAGCUCCACCUGA